CCGGCGGCGGCGGGGCCGUGACGCGCCGCUCCCGAGAUGGCGGACAACCUGCCCUCCGAGUUUGAUGUGGUGGUGAUAGGCACCGGUUUGCCUGAAUCUAUCAUUGCAGCAGCAUGUGCCAGAAGUGGCCAGAGAGUUCUUCAUGUGGAUUCGAGAAAUUACUACGGUGGAAACUGGGCCAGCUUUAGUUUUUCAGGACUAUUGUCCUGGAUUAAAGAAAAUCAGGAAAAAGCUGAUACCAGUGAGCAAUGUGAGGACUGGAGAAAGCUGCUCCUUGAGAACGAAGAGGCUGUUUCUCUUAGCAAGAAGGAUAAAACAAUUCAACACGUAGAAGAUUUCUGUUUUGGCGAUCAGGAUUCAGCUGAAGAUGUUGAAGAAGCUGGUGCACUGUCGAAGCUGCCUGGUUUUGGAGCCUCUGCUUCUGUGGGAGUUGCUGAGGCAUCAGAAAAAGAUGGCCCACCAGGGGAGAGUGCCUCAGCAGAAUUGGAGAGCCAGGAGCCAGAUGAGGCUACAGACUCUGAGACAGGAAAUGCAACGGAAGGGAAUGACACAGAAGUAACCUCUGAGAACGAGAGCUCUCCCAGCGUGGCUUUAGGCGAGUCCGCUCUGGAACCGAGGAGAGCCGAAACUGCACCCGCAGAUACUUCUGCCAAAGAACCAAAGAGAGUCACCUAUUCCCAGAUUGUUAGAGAAGGCAGAAGGUUUAAUAUUGAUCUAGUUUCCAAGCUGAUGUUCUCCCGAGGUCUGUUAAUUGAGCUCCUGAUCAAGUCCAACGUUAGCAGAUAUGCAGAGUUCCAGAAUGCGGCACGAAUUCUUGCCUUUCGAGAGGGAAAAGUAGAACAGGUACCUUGUUCUAGAGCAGAUGUCUUCAACAGCAAACAGCUCACAAUGGUGGAAAAGAGAAUGCUAAUGAAAUUUCUGACAUUUUGUUUGGACUAUGAACAGCACCCUGAAGAAUACCAAGACUAUGAAAGCAGCACAUUUGCUCAGUUCCUAAGCACACGGAAGUUAACACCCAGUUUGCAGCACUUCAUUCUUCACUCCAUUGCCAUGGUUUCAGAGACUGAUUGCAGCACUCUUGAUGGACUUCAGGCAACAAAAAAAUUUCUUCAGUGCCUUGGCCGCUAUGGCAAUACACCGUUUUUGUUUCCUAUGUAUGGCCAAGGAGAGAUCCCACAGUGCUUCUGCAGGCUGUGUGCUGUCUUUGGAGGUAUCUAUUGUCUUCGCCAUCCUGUGCAGUGCCUUGUAGUGGACAAAGAAUCUGGACGAUGCAAAGCUAUUGUGGAUCACUUUGGACAAAGAAUAAAUGCUACCUAUUUCAUUGUGGAAGAUAGUUACCUUUCAGAGAGCACAUGCACAAAUGUGUGUUACAGGCAGAUCUCCAGAGCAGUGCUCAUUACAGAUCAGUCUGUACUAAAUGCGGAUUCAGAGCAGCAGAUUUCCAUUUUGACAGUACCUGCUGUGGAUCCAGGCAAACCUGCAGUUCGCGUCAUUGAGUUGUGUUCCUCCUCCAUGACAUGCAUGAAGGACACUUAUUUAGUCCAUUUAACCUGUCCAUCAACUAAAACUGCUAGAGAAGAUUUAGAGCCCGUUGUACAGAAGUUAUUCAAUCUAAACACAGAAAAAGAGACUGAGAAUGAAGAAGCUGGAAAACCUGGAGUCCUCUGGGCAGUCUAUUUUAACAUGAGAGAUUCUUCAGGAGUUGAGAAAGAUUCAUACAGUGGUCUACCCUCAAACGUUUAUGUCUGCUCUGGACCAGACUCUGCUUUAGGAAAUGACUGUGCUGUCAAACAGGCUGAGUCUAUUUUCCGAGAGAUGUUUCCUGCAGAGGACUUCUGCCCACCGCCACCAAACCCAGAAGAUGUUAUUUAUGAAGAAGAUGAAAUUGCUCCAGAAGAGUCUGAAUUCAGUAUUUCACCAGAGACAGAACCUAAAUCCUCAGCUGAGGAAAGCAGUAGUGGAAGUGGUAUAGCUGUUAAAAAGGAAGAUGAUGAGAAGUGAAUUAGCGCUGUUAGUAGCCCACUCUUUGUUGAAGGAGGAGGAAGGGUAAGAAAAAGAGGUUUAAAACCCCCAUAGCUGUAUUAUUUGCAACUGCCUUACUUUCUCCUUACCUUGAAUUAUGUUUCUUUGUCACAUAGUUCAGCUGAGAGCUGAGGCAUUUCUAAAUAGGUCCACUAGAUCCAGAAGUGUUUGUAGCUAAACCAGAAACAUAGGACAAAGCAUUUGGAUUGAAAAUGCUAAAGUAGGAUCAGAAGAAAAAAAGUGCAAGAUUGCUUACCAGUCAGUAGAUGAUCUUCUGAUACAACAUAUCAAAGUUCUGCUAAAAAUCGUUGGGUCACUGCUAAUUAAAGAGUUGAAGGUGAGCUUCACAACCUGUCCUUCAAAGUGGUUCUAUGAAUGGAACUUAAAGGCAAUGGUAUUGACAGUUCUGGGGUUGCUUUAGGAUAUGUAGAAAAUGUCAUGUUUCAUUUGUACAAAGAAAAAUUCCUUGUAUGGUUUUGAAACUGAUACCACAAGUCAGCAGCAAAUACAAUUCAGUAGCUGUUCCUCACAUUAAACUGCUCUACACUCAGAUUUUUGUAAUUUGAUCUCCUACAUCACACAUUUCAACUAGUGACUUGAUUUACUGUAGUCAGGAAAACAGCACAACUUAAACUUAAUGCUAGAGUGCCCAACAAAAUUUAAACUCAUAACUGGAGUAUACCUGUGGUUAUGUUUACUGGCAUAGUUGCAGUAUCCAGCCUUUUAAUAAGCCAUUACAUUUGUGAUGUAUGGGGUGUGAGAAGUUUAGAUUAUCAUUAACUAAGGGUUUUUUUUGUGGUGGAGAGAAAGUUCAACUGAUAAUUCCAAAGGUUCAAAUUGAUCCCGGUUAAUAGGAAUAAAAUAAGUGUGACAGCUGUAAAUUAUGCCUUUUGUAAUGAUAAAUCAUAAAGCAUUUAUACAGUAAAAUCUAUUGAAGUAUUUAUAAGCCUAGUUUGUAUGCAAGAUUGCAACAUGAGAAAGCUGUUAGAGAUGACUUGAUAAACUUGCACUUCUUCUGAAAAUGCUUGAAAUUAGAUAGUCAGAAGACAAAAAAUAUUUAGCAUUUACUUAAAUCUUUACCCAGUAGAUCAGAAGUAUAAAUAUAGAGCUCAGUGAGUUUUGAUGAAACCUCUGUGUGAACUUAGAGUUCUGGCAGUGCUUAAAUACUGUAGGUAAAUAAAAAGUGGUGGAAUCUUCAGCACUGCCUGACCUUGACUUCGGAACCAGGCUUUUGUACGGUUUUGUGGUGCACGUACUGCCUUUGAAAUGGCUUCAUGCCAGAAAGGUCAAGUUAUUUAUUUUUUUACAGCCUCCCUUGGCUUGCAGCCUAACACACUGUCCAGUUUGCAUUUCAAGCCCCAGUUUGUGUUUGCAUUGUUUAUUGGCAAGGUACCAUUGUGUCUGUAGUUCAAACAUCCUCGGAAAAUUAAGUGGUUGAAAUGUGUCCGAUGUUCAACAUCAGUUAGCUCUGGAAGCUUGUGACUGAGCAGUUCUUUAUAUCUAGUCCUCAGCAGACUGCCUCAUCUAGCUGUAGUUUGUGUGUCUUGGAAAGCAUGCCUGUGUGGUAAUUGUAUGUAACAGCUGCAGACCUGUAAGAGGACAAAGUGGAGGACCUAGUCCCUGCUUGUCUUUCGGUAGUGGGCAUCACAGUUGAAUUUUUCAUCUUCCGUGCUUACAAGGAAAUCAUGUGAUGAAAAUUAAAGGCUUGCUUGCAAA